AUGCGAGUCUCCAAUCUAGUCUCGGCAUUGCCGCUUGGCACUGCCGCCGCCCUUGCACCAAUCGAGAUUGUUGGCAACAAGUUCUUCGAGGAGAACGGUAGGCAAUGGUUCAUGAAAGAUGACCCCUUGGUCGACGCCGAGCAAUGCGUCCGCGACGCCAACCUCAUGAAGACGCUGGGCACCAAUGCGAUUCGCAUCUACCACGUCGACCCCGCGGCAAACCACGACGGGUGCAUGGCGGCCUUUGACGACGCCGGCAUCUACACCCUCAUUGACUUGGACACUUUUGACUCGUACAUCCUUCCUGUCCGUGCCAAUAACCCGUACUGGAACGAAACUCAGUUCAACGCCUACGCCAAGGUGAUGGAUACCUUUGAGAAAUACGACAAUGUUCUUGGCUUCUUCAUCGGCAAUGAGAUUAUCGCGCUUAACAACCAGUCUCAGGUCGCCCCUUUUAUGAAGGCUGCUGCGCGAGACAUGAAGGCCUACCGAGAUCAGAAGGGCUACCGCAAGAUCCCUGUCGGCUACUCGGCCGCCGACAUUGCUGAGCUACGACCCAUGCUGCAGGACUACCUCACCUGUGGCGGCAAACCAGAGGACAACAUCGACUUCUUCGGGCUCAACUCGUAUGAGUGGUGCGACCCCAACACGUACAACACUUCAGGCUACACGAAUUUACAAGCCAUGGCCGAGCAGUUUCCUGUGCCCAUCUUCUUCACCGAGACGGGCUGUAUCACUGGCCAAGGCCCCAGGACCUGGGAUGACCAGGACGCCAUAUUCAGCCAACCCAUGGUGGAUGACUGGAGCGGUGCCAUGGUGUACGAAUGGAUCUACGAGGAGAACCGCUACGGUAUCGUGUCAUACGGCCCCGAGGUCUCCAAGACUAUCACGGCCGGCGACGUCUACGAUGGCUUCACCCGCAAGGGCACUCCGAUCCCUCGCUCGCCCGAAUUCCAGAACCUGCAAGCCAAGUGGGCUACCAUCACUCCUACCGGAGUCAUGAAGUCCGACUACAACCCGACCAGUGUCUCCACCCGCGAAUGUCCCAAGGCCACGGGUGGUUGGUUGGUGGAUGGAAACGUUCGCUUGCCCACUCUCGGAGAGACAUUCAGGGGCAGCUUCUCGUCGAGUCCGACGGCCACAGCCACGGCCUCGGGUACCAGCGCUUCGGCAGCGCCAACAGAAUCCGCCGAAUCCUCGGCCUCCGAGAGACCUUCAGGAUCUGGCACCAAGCAGAUCGCCGGGAUGGCUUUCGGUCUGGUUGGUGUCAUGAUCUUCUUCACCGUGUGGAUGUAG